UCCCUUUACCUCCUUGUCCUGUUUUCCACAGAGCGUCUCUUCUCUACACUUCAGUCACCUCAGGUUAUAUUGGAGAGAACCCGAGGGCUUCUGCUGGGCUCUACAGUUUUCUUGACGUUAUUUUUCCCCCGUAUGUUUUAAAGACUAGUUGUAGACUUGCUGUGGAGUCAGUCUGGGACUUCUGAGUUUCACCCACCAUGGGGGACGUCAUUUCCAGUCACCUGGAUGAAGCCAAGCGGGAGAUUAUCACAGCUCGGACUAAAGAGGUUAUGCGUGAGUUUGGGCGUCUGUAUGAGCAGCAAUAUGCAGUGGCUCUCUUCAACAAAGUUCGCUUUGACAUAGAAGGAGGAGGUGGCCCACAGCCCCAGCUACUACACCGCAAGAUUCCUCUGGAGAACAAGUCCAUCUUCUCUGGCUCGCUCUUUCAGUACUUAGAGGAGAACAAGAAAUGGAAGAACCGCUUCUUCUUUGUUCCAGACUCCUACAACAUUAACUUUUAUGACAAUAAAGUGUCUCAUGACAGAGGCCUCCAUCCCAAAGGAACAAUCAACUGUGCCGGCUACAAAGUGCUGACAUCCAUGGAGCAAUACCUGGAUCUCAUCAGCAACAGCCUGCCUGAUGUGAAUGCCAAAGUGGGAAGUUCGCCCUUCUUAAAGUGUGCCACCCAGUUCCCUCUGAUCCUCUGGCACCCUUACGCCCGUCACUACUACUUCUGUGUGGGGACUGAGAAAGAGCAGCAGAAGUGGCACGCUGUCCUUCAGGACUGUGUCAGACACACUAAUGAUGGUUUGUUAGAGGAAAAUAAAGUCCAAACACCAGCCUUCACUGAUGCAGUACGACUAUACCGCCAAGUUCACGGGCACUAUGGCACCUGGGAAAUGAUGUGUGGUGUACCAUCACAGAUCUUGUCCAACCUGGUGAUGGAGGGUCUCCUGUCUGAACUGAUGGAGCUCAUCUCCCCCCGCCUCAAAGGCAAACUGCAUGAGAGGCAAAGGAACUGGAUGCUGAUCAGUGAUGCCAUAUACAGCCUGGUGCAGGGGCAGUGUCAGGCCCAGUAUGAGGUGGUGUUACAGAAGUGUGAGGCAACCCGCUCCUCUCUGGAAGCCUCCAUACGCACAGACAUGGACCAGAUCAUCACCUCCAAGGAGCAUGUCACCAACAAGGUCAAAGCGGUGAUUCUCCCCAAAGCCGAGAAGCUGUUGAAGGUGAGCAUCGAGCCCUACAUCAGCUCUAUCCUAGAUGCCCUGAUGGAGCCCACCAGCCGAGGCUUCUCUGAGGUCCGGGAUGUGUUUUUCAGAGAGCUAGUGGACCUGAGCAAGAACACCCUCAAUGAAGGCACCAAGGAGGCCAUGGCACAGCACAUGGAGAAGAUCUCAAUGCUGGCCUUCCAUCCAGUCAAGAUGCAGGGCUGCUACAAGAGGGUGGAGCAGCUCAGUCUGGAAGGUCUGCAGCAGAGAUUUGAUGUCUCCAGCCCUUCAGUGUUCAUCCAGAGAGCCCAGAUCCUUAUGAGAGAGCAAAUGGAUAAUGCAGUGUAUACAUUUGAGCAGAUCCUUCAUCAGAGUCUGGAGUCUCAAGGUACUGAGGAACUCUGUAAGAUCAUUCAGCGCUGCCAGGACAUAGUCAUUAAGAAAUAUGACUAUGACAGCAGCACAGUGAGGAAGCGUUUCUUCCGUGAGGCUCUCCUCCAGAUCUUCAUCCCCUACAUGCUGAAGCAGCUCAGCCCUUCCUGUGCCUCGGAGCUUCCACGUUUCCAGGAGCUGAUCUUUGAGGACUUUUCUCGAUUCAUCCUGGUAGAGAACAUCUUUGAGGAGGUGGUGCUACACUCUGUCAUGAAGGACAUCAUGAUGGCUGUGAAGGAAGCAGCAGUCCAAAGGAGACACAACUUGUACAGGGACAGCAUUGUCCUUAGUAACAGCGACCCCAGCCUGCACCUACUGGGAGAAAACCCCAUCGACUGGGCUGGGGAGUAUGGAGCAGGAGAGCAUGCUGAAGGUGAAGGCGGAGAGUCUCACAAGAAGAGGAGGAUGAAGCAGGUUGUGUCCAUGAUCCAGGUGGAAGGCACCUCUGUCCUGCCCAACGAGUCAUGCAUGGAGGUGCCUAGUGUGGACAAGAUCCCGGAGAGGGACGAGGAGCAGGAGAAGGAUCGAGAUGGGGAAGAGAACAAAGAUGAUAAAGCUUCUCCUGAGCAGACUGGAUGUGCAGGUCCCAAAACUACAGAGAACCCCACAGAGUUGUCAAAUGGCUCUGUCUUAAAGGAAGAGGAAGCCAAACCAGAGGAGCAGGUCCCACUGAAGGAUGAAUCAGCUGCAAAAGGUGCUUCAGUCUUAGAACCAAAUAGAGGUGAAGACAGCCAGCCAAUGAUAGAGGAGCAAGCACCCUCCAAUCAGGAGGCUUCAGAGGAGGCAUUGCCACCACUGCCACAUCCUCCCAAGGAAAGCCCAUCUGGCUCUACAGAAACACAGAGCCCUCCGGAGGUGACAUCUGAUUCACCUCCAGCUCCACAUGACGACAGCGGUUUCCUGUCCCCUACAAGUGAAGGGGCCGAGGUGGCCCCUAGCAGAGCGGCCUCGCUACCCGCAGAGGAGCACGAGGAGGUGAAGGAGACGAGUGUUGCUGUUGCACCAGAAGCAGAGACCAAAAUCAGUGACUCUGAGCCCAGAGAUCAGUGAUGAAAUGAUUUCCAUGAUUUUGACCAAAACUCAAUCCUGCCAUUUUGUUUGGUUUUAUUUUGUUAUUUCAAAUUUAAUCACAGUCUUCAGUUUCCACAGGUUUCAGGCAUGUAAUCACUCGGCACGUUAUUUUCACUGAGCAGGGCUCUGGUGUUGUUCUGAACAAGUUUCAUACCUUUUGGAUCUUACAGGAAAUCUUCAGCUAACUCUGAGCUUUCAAACCACACAGGUUCCACACCGUUUUCUCUUCACCUGGUAUAAUUGUGAGCACAGUGAAUGGCCUCGAGUCCCCUAGUGGUGUGUUAUAAACACAUGGCAAGUUGCAAGAACACCCCAGUUGAGGAGCAUUUAGUGAGACUCAGUGAGGUCAUCACAAAUCAAGUGUGACAACAUCCAGAAUGCUUGUUAGUUUUUUACUGAACCACAUGAGUUAAAGUCUUAAAGGUUUUUUCCCUUCAAUCUUGCAUUACAGUUCCUUAACUGUCUCGAUGUACACACUGACAUUUUAUGACUUGACUUGCUUUGUGUUGGUGUGAGUAAUAUUAUUUCAUGUUUACCCCUUUAAAAAGAUAUUUUGUGUAUAUUAUGUAUAAAUUCUUCUAUGGACCAGCGAAUCACCGCAGUGUAAUUUUUAUUUCUAUAAUUCCAUCAGUGCCUCUGCUUAUCUCCCCAGCCCAUUUUAUUUAUUUAUCACUUAUUUUUGUCCCGUUUACUUUUAGAUUUAUUUUACUAUAGUGAGAUACAAAUAUUUGUUAUUGAUAAUAAAUCAUUAUUGAUGAAAUAUCA